UGGCCAACGCUGACGCUGACUGUGAUGAAAAUAGUGGGAGUGAUCUUGCGUACAAACAAAAACAAGGAAUCGCAGUGAAAGGGCGUUGCAGUGCAAAUGACAGUGUUUUGGCAAAAUGCCCGGGCAAGUUUUAAUGAUGUUUAGCAGUGCCUAGAAAGCAAAGUGCGCGACGCUAAAACGCAAGAAUCGCGAGAAAUCAAAACGCGGAAAUAGAAAAGUGAAAAAAAACCAAAACGCAGACAGCGAACUUUGGACACAGACAAUCGCAAACACACACGGGAAAACAAAGAAAAACCGAAGAAAUGUCGGCGCAGCGACCAAAUGCAGCGGAGCGGGAUCUGGAGAAGUUCAUCAAGUUCCUGGUUUUGAAGUCCACCCAGGUGGUGGUCCAAUCCCGGCUGGGCGAGAAGAUGCAGACGCAGUGCAAUCCACUGGCGGGCAGCGACUGGUUUAACAUUGCUGGCCAGGAUCAUCCCGAGGUCCUGGACGAGACCAAGCGGGCCCUGAACCUGAAAACCGGAGAGAGCAUCCUGCAGCGGCUGCCGCUGUGCGUGGAAAUCUCCCUGAAAACCGCCGAGGGCGACCAGAUGGUCCUUGAGGUGUGGUCGCUCGACCUAAUCGCACCCCAGAAUGGCUCCUCCCCAGCCACAAACGAGCUGAACCCCGAGGGCCAGACCCUGAAAGCAGCCCACGCAAUCUACAACCGCAUGGGCAUCAUGCUUAAGUCCCUCAUCUCGCUGACCCGAACCACCCCCGCCUACAAGCUGUCCCGUCGGCAGUGCCCCGAUUCGUACGGCAUUUUCUACAGGAUCUACGUGGACAGGCCACAGGUACACACCCUGGGCGAGGGCCAUAAGCACGUGAAGAUCGGCCAGCUCAACACCAUUGUGGGCUCGCUCGUGAUGUCCGUGGCCUAUCGCACCAAGUUGACCAUCUCUCCCACGGCUGCCCAGGCGGAGAGCAACACCAUCAUGCUGAAAUCGGAUCACUUCAGGCCCGCCACAGAUGCCAGUUCCCCUGGCAACCUGCAGCAACAUCAAAAUGGAACUGCAUUGCCCAAAAAGCUGGGCUUUGGCGGUCUAAAUCCCAUUCAAAAUGCCACAGAUCGUCGCUUUAUCGACAUUGAAAAGCCUCUGCGUCCGGGAGCCUUCACCGAUAUGGGCAAACUAAAGCAGUACACGGAGGAUGACUUUGUGCUCCCCGAAACGCCGCCUUUUGAGUGGCUUCUACGUGGACGUGGUUCUGUGGAGUCCCUCAACCGCCUGGAUAACAAUACAACCGCCAGUGUGCUCAGCAGCAAUAACAACAAUAAUCCACAGGAGAGUAAAUUCAACCAGAGCAGCAAUCUCAACAAUAACUCCACGGGCUUCAAGAGUUUUGAAAAGAACUCUGGAAACUCAGUGUCACCCAUCAAGAGCCUUCUGAUCCCCGCCAGCGUCACAACCACGUAUCGUCACCAUUCGGAACCCGCGCUACAACCCCCGCCCGAUGAUGAUAAUCUGCUCAAGGAGCUGCACUUUCCCUUCGCCUCGCCAACGUCGCAUGUCAACGAUCUGGCCAAGUUCUACAGGGAAUGCUACCAUGCGCCACCGCUGAAGGGUCUCAACGAACUGCAGGCAGAGAUCUCUUCGGUUUCCUUAACCACACCGGCAACAAAUGGCUCCGGCGGAGGAGCAGCGUGUGGUCCCACGGCAGCGGCGACGGCGAUUGCCAGUAGUGCCGCCGAUGCCAGCGCCAUGGAUGAUCUGUCCCGGCAACUGGAGCAGUUCGAGACCUCUCUCGAGGAUUACGACAAGCUGGUCUCGCAGUUCGGACUCACGGGCUCCUCGUCGACGGGCAGCCGCAGCAGCGGUGGCCUCCAAAUGAGCAACUGAGUCGGAUUAUACCCCCAGACGUGUCAUUAGUUAGUCCUUAUUUAUAAAGGGGCGGUCAAUGUGCGAGGACAAGGAUAAACUGAAAAGGGAGAAAACUAUUUUAAGAGAACUGCAUGGAAAAGUAUAGGUAAAAGGCUAUUUUUGUUUAUUGUAUUCUGAAAGAGGUAACAAAUAUUCCGUAGUUUUGACUUAUUUAAAAGGGAAGCAUCUAAGAAUUUUUGCUGUACAAUCUCUUACUAACGGAGCGGAAUAUUUAUUUGUCUACCUUAUCAGCUUUAACAUAUUUCAUAUAUUUAAUCUGUCAGUUUAUUAUGAAAGUUUGAAAGAUAAUUACAAAUCUUACCCUUUAGAUUCACUUAAGCCUUUUCUUAAAAGUGUCCAAAGAUUGAAAACUAAAAAUUUGACCCGCCCCACUAUUUAUGUAUGCCAUUGUGUUAAGUUGAGUUGAUAGGCUGCUUUUUGAUAUUACCCGCUAUGUAAAUACUAUAUAUAUAGGCUUUUGUAGGCUCUAGGUCCGUCUAAGUUGUACAUAGGAGUAGAGAGCUCAUGGCACGUUUCAAAGUUUCCGAUGCAGCAGUUUAGACCUUAGCCACAAAUACAUAAGUAAGUGCCACAUGCAUAUGCAUAUAGACGGCUAUAACUUGUGCAAAUCGUAGUAAGUUGGGCGUACUCGUCGCGUGUUUGUUUGUUUGUUUCUUUGUUCAAGUGCCUUUCGCCUGCUUGUAAGUGAAAAAAAAUCAUAUAUGUACAUAAAUAACUAUAGAUAACAGCAAUUAAUCAGAAAGCUAAAAGGUUCAUUUCUGUUGUAAGUGAGCAAAAACGCCAGAUGGCCGAUUAAAAAACGUACUGUUCGAUCUAUGCAAUGCAUAACCACUAAUCGAAAAAGCGAAACUAUUUGAAAGACUUGAAGCAUAACGAAAUAUAUCUAUCCUAACUUAGUUGGUACUGUCAGGAAGUUGAAAAGAACAGCUAGUGUUUUCUUUUAUCUUUAAUCGUUGGUCGCUUUUGCCUAUUUAUUGGUUUUGAAAUUGCUAAAUUAUGCCUACAUAUGUGAAUCGAAAUUCGAGUAUACAUUAAAAAUACACUAAACAAUAAGAAAAUUUAUACAUACAUAUAAACAAUGAAUAAAAGCAAUUGUUAAUCAAGACACUAA